UUGGCUGGAAAACAGCACGAUUUACGUAGUGGUAGUAGUAGUGUAGGCAGUGACACGUCAAGCUUGACGUAAACAUGGAUGGUCAGCUAGCGGUAGGUUUAUUAAUGAGUAUUCUACAUUUUUUUAUAUAGAUUUGGUAGCAAAGUGCACUUCUUGUUAAUAUAUUCUUGAUAUAAGUAUCGUCUCGUGCAAUCGUAAUCAUGAAUCGUGCUGGAUCAUCGAAAGUUGUACAGCAUAACCUCUCUCCAAUGCUUCGGAGUGACCAGGAUCGCGAAUUUCAGCAACGCGAACCAACACUUUAUACCGUCAAGGGUAUGGCCAUUCUGGACAAUGAUGGCAACAGAAUAUUAGCUAAAUAUUAUGACAAAAAUAUAUUUCCUACAUCGAAAGAACAGAAAACAUUUGAAAAAAAUCUUUUCAACAAAACGCACAGAGCAAAUGCAGAAAUUAUAAUGCUGGAUGGUUUAACAUGUGUUUAUAGAAGUAACGUAGAUUUAUUCUUUUAUGUUAUGGGAAGUUCUCAUGAAAAUGAGCUGAUCUUAAUGAGUGUAUUAAAUUGUUUAUAUGAUUCAGUGAGUCAAAUUUUAAGAAAAAAUGUUGAAAGAAAAGCUGUUUUAGAUAGCUUAGACAUAGUCAUGUUAGCAAUGGACGAAAUUUGUGAUGGAGGAAUUAUUCUUGAUGCUGAUGCCUCGAGUGUGGUUCAAAGGGUGGCAUUAAGAACAGAUGAUAUCCCACUUGGGGAACAAACAGUCGCACAGUCUCUGAUUGUUUUACAAUCUGCGAAAGAACAACUCAAGUGGUCUUUACUAAAAUAAGAUUUAUAUACAGAAAAUUAUAUUGAAUACCUAAAGUUAUUACUUUAAAAUAUAAAAAUUGUAUGAACCUGUAAUGUUUAAAUAUUAAAGAACAAAAAAUUCUUUAUUAGA